ACACAUCAUAUUAAUUUGCAACUAAAUUUAUUAGAUAGAGUAUUUAUUAAAGAAAAUGAUGUAGUAUAAAUAUUUUAAAAAGACCUAAAUAAUAUUUUUUAAAGCAUUUAUUUACAAAUCUGUAUAUUUUCGCCCGUAAAUAAUGUAAUUGGGAGAGGGCCUUAGUGUAAAAUGGACGAUGCGUGUAUUAGCACUGUAGCAGUAAGUACAUUAUAUUGACUUAUCACGUUAUACGCAUGCGUACUGUCAGAAAAUUAAUUUAUUGUUAAUUUCUACUAAAGAAGUUAAAAAUCCAUGAUAAAAGUAUUUUCCUCUAAUUCUUCUCUUCUAUUAUUUGACUAAAAUCUAUAAGAUAUUUAUUAGUGUAAUUUAGAUAAAAGAUUGUCUAGUAUAUAAUGUGGGUAUUUUUAAAAAAUAGCCACCUAGUACCUUCUUAUUACAUCAAUGAUUAAAUAUCUAUCCAAUUAAUUAAUAAUUCAAGUUAUUUUGUAUAACUUAAUUUUUGAGAAUAGCCAAUAUUGUAUAGUUAUAAGCGACCUAUUUUUGUAAUGGCGACAUCGUUCGCCAUUUGUCAUGUACACUGUGCGCUGGUGCAGUAGAUCUACCUAAACAUAACAACAAACGAAAGCCGGAAGAAUGUCGGCUCUUUUUUAUUGUCCAAUUUAUCAUUAAAUAUAUCAAUUAUUGGUUUCUCUACUUGUUCUUGAAAUAUGGAAUUUACGUGACGUUAUAAUAAAGCGUAAUAAACUACGGAAAUUACAGUUCUCUACAAUAAUCAAAUAUGAUAGUUUAUAGUACCGCUGUAAUAAGUGAUUGAAGAAUCGCAUAGAAUUGUAUGAAAGAAAGAGCCCACGUGCACUGCCUGAAUAUUUCAUAAGUUAAACUGUAAUAUGUCUGGUAAAAGGAUCAAGAAAACGUUCUCCAAACAAUGCCGAAUAUGUUUAAAGGCUGGUGAAAUUCCAAUAUAUGGCGAGGAUUGCCAUUCAGAUUUAUCAUUUGAUGUGAGAAUCUUUGGAGAUAUUGAUAUGAGCGAAGACGAUGAAUACCCUAAACAUUUGUGCGAACAGUGUCAUAAGCUUUUACAAUGCGCAAUAUUAUUUAGAAGCACUGCACAAAAAUCCGAUAUGAAUCUCAGAGAACCGAAAGUUAAAUGCGAAUUUACUUCAGAUGAUUCUAGUGAACCUGCUUUAUUAGAAAAUAAUUCUAUUAAAGCUAAGCAGUAUAGAGAACCUACGCAAACUUCCUCAGUGUUUGAUUAUUUUUCUGAUGUCUUUAGUGACGACGGUACGCAGGAAAAUAAAAUCGUAAAAUGUCGCAGUAAAUCCAGAAUAAGUAAAGUACAAUGUCGUGUGUGCCGCAAAAUAAUAACAAAGGCUUAUUAUAAAGAACAUUAUGCUCUCCACGAUCCUGCUAUAGCUAAGUAUAUAUGUGAUAUUUGCGGGAAAUCUUUUCGACAGCGUAGUGCACACGUGACCCAUCGUUUUACUCACAGUACUGAAUUCAAAUUUAAAUGCAAAGUGUGCCCAUAUCGCGGCCGCAGUUCAGGAUUGUUAAAAACUCAUCUCCGGAUACAUACAGGAGACUAUAAAUACAUGUGUUCAGAAUGCCCGGCCAGAUUUCUCACGAAAAGUAAUCUCAACAGACACGCUUUAAAACAUAAAGAUCCGCAGUUCAAGUGCGAUACUUGUAAAAGAGCUUUUCAUUUGAAACUAACUUUGGAACGCCACAUCGAAGCUAUUCACCGCGGUAUAAAAAAUCACGUAUGUGAUUUUUGUGGCAAAGCAUUUGGGUAUAGAAAAGCACUGAUGCAGCAUGAACGCGAUGUCCAUAAAAGAGAGAAAAAGUCUCAUGGACGAGCACCAGCUUAUUUACAAGCUGAAGAUAAAAAACAACACGUCGAACAAUAAACCUUAUUGUAAUACCUAUAGACUAUUCGUAAAAUGUUUACACGAGUAACUUAUUCUGUACAAGUAGGUACAUAUUUUUAUGGGAACACGAUAAUAUAAUUAUAUGAGAAAAAAA